CAACGUCAAAUUCCGACGGAGAUAUGAUGAAGCUGACGACGACAUUUUCGAAGACGCUUCGUCAUAUGAUGGUAAUAUUUCCUAUCAUGAUGAAAAUAGUCAUAAUAUCACAUAUCCACAACAUGUUGGUUUAAAUAACGACCUACGACUCCAAACCUUUCGCACUCUUGAUUAUGAUAACACCGAUAUCAAUUAUUACCAGGAAUUCGAGGGAGAUAUUCAAAGCACACAGCAACAAACGACUUUUUAUAUCGACAAAAUAAUUUCGAUAACGAUUCAAUUUAAGCCAUGUUUAUAG